CGGCCGCACCGCCACCACCAUGACAGGCAUCGCCGCCGCCUCCUUCUUCUCCAAUACCUGCCGCUUCGGCGGCUGCGGGCUGCACUUCCCGACCCUGGCCGAGCUCAUCGAGCACAUCGAGGACAGCCAUAUCGAUACAGACCCACGUGUAUUAGAGAAACAAGAACUACAACAACCAACCUAUGUUGCUCUCAGUUACAUUAAUAGGUUUAUGACUGAUGCGGCUCGACGAGAGCAGGAAUCUCUGAAGAAAAAAAUCCAGCCUAAACUCUCUCUGACUUUAUCAAGCUCCGUGUCCCGUGGGAAUGUCUCUACUCCUCCGCGCCACAGCAGCGGAAGCCUUACUCCACCAGUCACUCCACCCAUCACACCUUCCUCAUCAUUUCGUAGCAGCACACCUACAGGUAGUGAAUAUGAUGAGGAAGAAGUAGACUAUGAGGAUUCAGACAGUGAUGAAUCGUGGACUACAGAAAGUGCCAUCAGCUCUGAGGCUAUCCUUAGUUCCAUGUGUAUGAAUGGAGGGGAUGAAAAACCUUUUGCUUGUCCUGUCCCUGGGUGUAAAAAGCGAUAUAAGAAUGUGAAUGGUAUAAAAUACCAUGCCAAGAAUGGCCACAGAACACAGAUCCGUGUGCGGAAGCCGUUCAAAUGCCGUUGUGGAAAGAGUUACAAGACAGCUCAGGGUCUGCGGCACCAUACAAUCAACUUCCACCCUCCAGUGUCUGCUGAGAUUAUCAGGAAAAUGCAGCAAUAACAUGCUGGUCACGACUGUGCCAAGGAAUCCUCACCAGCAUUUGCUGAUUUUGAAGACAGCCACCUUCUCCGGGGAAGCACUGAGCAACCCUUUAAACAAUUUAAAUGCAUGCUUUACAAUUUUUUCUGUAAUUUUGGAAUGAUGUAUCUUUGUAGAGUUAAUGAUUUUUGUACAUUUGCACAUAUAAUCAUCGUGCUCAUAUACAUUACUUUGAUAUAAAGGUGCUAAAAGCUACACGUUUUUUUAAAAGUAUUUCCCCCCAGAAAGGAGAAUUAGGGGGUGCUGUUUAGUCCUGCAGUGUUAAAUAAGAAUGGGAAGAGGAAAAAAGCUUGGCACUGCAAAAAACUUCAAGAUUGUAAUGUGAUUGAAGAGAUUCAACACAUCUGUUCCCAUGUGCUUGCAAAACCAAAACAAUCCCCCAUUAUCCACCUGGUUAAUAUGCCUUAUGUAAUAGAGUUAUCUGUGGGAUAGCAAGGUUUUAGGUAUUGGAAUUAUAAAUAAGAGAAUGUUUAACAUAUACUAAGAAUAUUUUCAUACUCAAAUAACAUACAUUAAAAAGGUGUGCUUGCUGUAUUUUAUAUUACCUUGCAAUUUCUUUAGUUCUCUGAAAUGCUGAAAAUCUUUGCAUCUGAAAUAGUAAACCAUGUUAGCGUUAGGAUUCCUACUUCUCUAUAUACAGGAUGUGAUGUAAAUGUUAACACCUAAGCAGAUCCCAUGAACCCAGGUCCCCUGGUCCUGUUAUUAAUCCCCAGUAUCAACUGCUAAGAAGACACUAGGAGAUGGAGCGCAAAUGUUAUGAGGGAGAAAUUCUCUUCAUCUGAGAUGAAGCUCUUAAAGCACUUUGUAGUUCUUGAUUGCCAACAAAUUUAAAUGUUUUUGUGUUGCCAACGGUUGCAGCUGCUAACUCGUACUGACAAGUGGUUGCAAAUUUAAAAAAUCUAGGCACGAUUUUGAGAGGUACACUACUUGUGUUGAGGAAGUUUCCAUUUCCAUUUCCAGUGGACCUUCAAGUUUUUGUAUAUAUAAUAUAUAUAUUUUAUAACUUUCUGUGGAUUGUUGCAUUCCACAAGUUUAGCGUUAAGAAUUUAUUUCUGAAUUUUUGAGACAUCAUGAGCCUUACUGAAAUGAAGUGCUUCUUGAAGUAGGUACUCGAAAGAGAGCCCCGAAACAAGGGCUGUCGCAGAGUUACUUGUGUCUGGACCAUACCUAAAUGCUUCACUAAUUUUAUGUUCUCCUGCCUUCUCUGGGGUAAGUGCUAGCAAAGAUUAACCGAUUUGGUAUGCAAAAGUGACAUUAAUUACAAAAAUUGGGAGGUUUCCUCCUUCAUGAGAAAAUGUUUUACGUUUUGACAAGUAAUCCUCUUUGUGUAUUUUGUAUUUAUAUAUGACAUGGGAAAUUUGAGUCUUCGUUCUUUUAGAAUAUAAAAGAUUGCAAGAGCAAAGAGUCUAACUAGGUAAAAGUAAGAUUAUUCUGAAUUUCUAAAUCUCUCAUAAUGAGGGUUGAAGAUUUUAAAACAAAGCCUUGUUUAAACAGACUGCCCCAAACUCAUCUGGAACACGGAACAUUGUGUCACACAAAUACUAAUGUACAGGAUUUGUGUGCCACAAAUACCAAUGUACAGAAUGAUCCAGACAUGAAAUUAUUAUCUGUUGCUCGUACUUAAAGCCCUGUUACCAACCCCUCCUUUUGACCAUCAUUUAGCCUGUUCUGAGUGAAAGACAUGAAGGCAGACUAAUCAAAGUAAUGUUGUUGCAUGUGCUUUCCACAGUUCAAUCCAGUUACUAUUUACCUAGUCAUUGUGACAGUAUUAGACAGGUAAAAAUGGGACUAUUUUGUUAUACUGUUUAUAGUGAGAGUAUUGUACUGUGUCUGUGAAAAUGUGCUUUAAAUUAUAUUUUCCUAUAUUUUGUUGGGGACAAAAUCCAUUAAGUUUGGACGUCACAGGAAGUUUGUUUUAGAACUGAACACCACAAAAGUGCAUCAGAAAUUUCAUUCAAUAAAGCUGCUUUAAAAUGUAAAUUGAAUCAUCUUUAAUAAAUUGCCUCUGACUCAAAAUAAAACUGGAUAUUGCUUUUAAGUCUAA